AUGACACUGAAAAUUACUAGAAAUGAAGCAAAAGGACUAAUGAAUAAAAUUAGUUCUUUAGAAACUGCAAUCAUGUCAGUUGUAUGGGGUUUUUUGCUUAGUCGAUUAAACGUUACAAGUAAUAAGUUACAAAAUGUCAAUAUUGAUUGUUUGGAUGUACUUCAGUUAUACUAUAGUUUAAUUAGAUUAAUAGAACAGACUCGAGAAAAUUUUGAUGAUUUUGAAACGGAAGCAUUGGCAAAGGCAGUUGGGAAGAAUUACAAAAUAACUACAACAAGAAAAAAGAAGCGAAAAGUUUUCCAUGACGAAUCUGAAUCUGAAGAUGUAAAUUUAUCGGCACGAGACAGUUUUAAAAUACAUACAUUUAUUCCAAUCUUAGAUGAAUUAAAAACUGAAUUAGAAACUAGGCGACAUGCAUAUUAUGAUAUUUUCUGUAAACCAUUUACAUUUUUAACGAAAAUUAAGGAAUUGGACAAUCAAGAAAUUAGAAAAUCAGUUAAAUUACUUCAAAACAUUUAUAAAAAUGAUGUAGAAUUUAACGAUUUUAUAAAUUAA